UUUUUUAAAGAAAAAACAAAAAGAAUAGAAAAGAAAAACAGAGAGAGAACAAAAACAGAGUGAGUUUUAAGAGGGAGAGAAGAUGAUAUGAAACCGAGUCAAUUCUGUUUUGAAUUCCAACCGCUCCACCCAAUUUGAUUCGUCUUUUCUUUCACCAAAUCCCACGAUUUCAAAAAACCCUCUUUUUUAAAGCCAUAAAUAAUAUUCCUUCAAUGCAAAUCCAUUUCUUGUUUUACGACAAUCCCAUCCUUUUAACCCUUAUCUAUCCUCUGAUCUCAUCAUUCAUCAAUACCCAUUUCCUUUUACUUCAAUUUCAAUCCUUCUAAAACACAAUCAUCGUUUUUUUCACACAAAAAAUAAUCAUAAUCUUUGUAUGUUUCCCAACAUUUUCGUAGAAAUUACACUACUCCCCUGCUUUUAGCUUUCUCUAUAGAAUCAAACCAAAAAUCUUGUGUUUAUCAAAUUAAUUCAUCAAAUUCUUUGACUUGAACCCAAUUCCCAUCUGGGUUUCUGAAAAAGUUUCAUAAUUUGAAAGAAACAAAUCAUGGGUGUUAUAAACGAUAGAGUAAAAUUCAACGUAGGAGGCAGAGUAUUUGAAACGACAGCAACAACACUUGCAAAUGCAGGAAGAAAUUCUAUGUUGGGUGCAAUGUUAGAUGAGAAUUGGAAUCUGUUACAAGAUAAUGGAAGUGAAAAAUUCAUCGACCGUAACGCGGAUUGUUUCUCUGUUAUCUUAGAUCUGCUACGAACAGGUGAACUCUACAUCCCACAAAAUGUUCCUGAAAAGCUUCUUUACAGAGAAGCUCUGUUUUAUGGUGUUCUAGAUCAUGUUCGUUCUGCAAAGUGGGGUCAAUUUGAUGGUAAUAGGUUAAGAUUGUCUUGUUCUGUUCAAGGACAAGCACCGGGUGAUGGAACAGCAAUUCGAGCCGGUCCAGAUGGUGGCUGUUGUGUUGCUCAUGGUUGCAUGGUUCAUGUUUAUGAUUGGAUGUUAGAAGAACAUUGUCCUCUUAAUCUUGAUUAUCAAAGAGUCAACGAUGUUGGUUGGGUUGACCCUAACAAUAUUGUUAUAGGUGUAAGUGAAAGACUUGGUCGUGGUGAUGGUGGAAUGGGUUUGUUUAGUUCUCAUAAUGGUGAACUUAGGUAUAAAUUUCAAGUUAGUCAUGAAAAUCAUGUUAAAAGUUAUACUGCUGGUGCUUUAAGUUUUAGUUCUGAUUAUAAGAUAUUUUCUAGUUGUAAAGGAAGGAGUAAUGAAUAUGGUGUUGGUGUUUGGGAUCAAGUUACUGGUAAACAAAUUGAUUUUUUUUAUGAGCCUUUAGGUUGGUCACUUGGUGAUGCUGAUAAGCUUCAAUGGUUAGAAGGUAGUAAUUGUUUGUUAGUUGCUACAAUGUUUCCAAGAAAAGAUAAUUGUUAUAUUAGUCUUUUGGAUUUUAGAGAGAAGAAAAUGGUUUGGUGUUGGUCUGAUGUAGGUGCUACUUUGGCUGUGGAUGAGAAAAGGGUGAGGGAUGCAAUUGCAAUGGAGGAUAAUAGUUCAAUUUGUGUGGUGAAUGAGUUUGAGGAAUUGGGUUUCAUGGAUUUGAGAAGUUCUGCUGCUAACAGUGUGAGGUGGAGUUCUAGAAGUAGGUUGAUGAAAGGGAAGAUGCCUGAGGAACCUUGUUACCCUAAAUUGGCAUUGCAUGGUGGACAACUUUUCUCUUCCAUGAAUGAUUGUAUCUCAGUGUUCUGUGGCCCUGAAUGGGUUUUAACGUCUAGGUUAAGACGAAGCUAUGGUGGGUCAAUAUGUGAUUUUUCCAUUGGAGGGGAUAGGCUUUUUGCACUUCAUAGUGAAGAGAAUGUUUUUGAUAUAUGGGAGACUCCUACACCACCAAUUAUAUAGUUUAAGUUUAAUUUUUCCUUAGUUUGUCAUAACCAGAUUGCUUCUGCAAUUUUCAUUUUUCAAGAUAGUGCUGAGAGUAAGACAUUGUAUAUACGAGAUUGAGUAGCUGUUAACUAUGCAUACAUGAUACGAUAUGAUACAUGUAGUUUAGUUUUAUUGCUGAUGUAUAUCUACAAAGAAUACUUUUAUGUGGAUUGCUUAUUUUACUAUGAGUAGUCAUAUUUGAACAA